AGACAGCACUGCUGACUGCCCAGAGAUCAUCCAGGAAGAUGAGCGCCUGUGGGAGGAAGGCCCUGACCCUGCUGAGCAGUGUCUUUGCUGUCUGCGGCCUGGGCCUGCUGGGCAUCGCAGUCAGCACGGACUACUGGCUGUACCUGGAGGAAGGCAUCAUCCUUCCACAGAACCAGAGCACGGAGGUCAAGAUGUCCCUGCACUCGGGCCUCUGGCGGGUCUGCUUCCUCGCUGGUGAGGAGCGAGGGCGCUGUUUCACCAUAGAGUAUGUGAUGCCCAUGAACAACCAGAUAACAUCAGAAUCCACAGUCAAUGUCCUAAAAAUGAUUCGCUCCGCCACCCCGUUCCCUCUCGUCAGCCUCUUCCUCAUGUUCAUUGGGUUCAUCCUGAGCAACAUCGGGCACAUCCGUCCCCACCGGACCAUACUGGCCUUUGUCUCUGGCAUCUUCUUUAUCCUCUCUGGCCUCUCUCUUGUGGUGGGCCUGGUGCUGUACAUCUCCAGCAUCAAUGAUGAGAUGCUCAACAGAACCAAGGAUGCAGAGACCUAUUUCAGCUACAAAUACGGAUGGUCGUUUGCCUUUGCUGCCAUCUCCUUCCUUCUAACAGAGAGUGCUGGGGUAAUGUCUGUGUACCUGUUCAUGAAGAGGUAUACUGCCGAGGACAUGUACAGACCGCACCCAGGCUUCUACCGGCCACGCCUGAGCAACUGUUCCGAUUACUCUGGCCAGUUUCUACAUCCAGAUGCCUGGAUCCGGGGACGUAGCCCCUCAGACAUCUCAAGCGAUGCCUCCCUGCAGAUGAACAGCAACUACCCAGCUUUGCUCAAGUGCCCAGACUAUGAUCAGAUGUCGUCAUCCCCCUGCUGAGCCCUGGCCUCCUUCCCACCUGAACUUUGGAUGGCUGGACAGCCUUUCCCUCUCCCCUUGAGCCAAGGCCCAGGCCAUUCCCUGCUUAGCCAUUGUUACUUGACCACAUCCUCUCCCUGCUCCCAAAGUAGCACUUCCUUCAGUGGGCAUUAGAGCCUGGAGUCACAGGCAUGCCGAUUGGCUGAGGGCAUGGAUGAAGUCCCUCCUCUAGAGUGCCAAUCACAGGCAUGGGUCCCUGGGAAGCCAGCAGCGCCUUUCGCUGUGCUGUGUCUGAAGAUGCCUGUGUUCUAGUCGUAUUUUAUUCCUGCACUUCCGGGUCAGCCAAGGCCAGGUUGGAGUUGCUGAGCUCCUGAUAUAGACAAAGCCAGACUUGAACACUUGCCAACCAGUCUGGCUCUCCACCCGUGAUCUAUGCUGUGAGGCCAAGAGGUGAUUCUGCUCCAGCAGUCUGGCUGGCUCAGAAAUCCCAAGCAAACAGUUCCUUAUGAGAUGCUCUACCUUUUUAUGCCAUUGG